AAAAAGCAUUUUUAACUGUGAUAUUAUAAUUAACCGUUACUUUAUAUUUAAUCUAAAAAUAUCAAAGAAAAGAAAAAAAAAAAAAAAGAAAACAGAAGAAAAACAUUAUAAAAAAUUUUGUCUGAUUUAAACAAGAAACGUGUCGUUGUUUGUUGGCCUUUCAUUUACAAUAAAGCGGUUUUAACCGAUUUUAACCAACACAAUACCUUGUUUGUAAGCCUUGUGAGUUAAAAUUUGGCAAAAAUAAGGAUAUCCUCGUCCGAUAUGGCCGCAACACAUGAAAAUCCCGCCUUUAUAGAUGAUCAUGGACAUAAUAGAUCCAAUGGAAUUUAUCGUAAUUACAAUCGUAGUAUUAAUAAUCAGGCAGCAUCCACUACAGCACGUAAUACAGAUAAUGAGUUGCCUACCACCUGCAAAGAUAAAACGCUUCCCGAACGUGACACGUGGGGUAAAGGUGUUGAAUUUCUUAUGUCCUGUAUAGCCAUGUCAGUGGGUUUAGGUAACGUUUGGCGUUUCCCUUUCACCGCUUUAGACAAUGGCGGCGGUGCUUUUCUUAUACCCUAUCUGGUAGUUUUGUUUUUGGUUGGUAAACCUAUUUAUUAUUUGGAAAUGAUUAUUGGUCAAUUUUCUAGCCGCGGCUCUGUAAAAGUCUUUGAUCUUUGUCCAGCUAUGCGAGGCGUAGGCAUUGGUCAAGUUGUCAGCAUUUCUAUGGUAACUACUUAUUAUGUGGCCAUAAUGGGUAUGACAUUAAAAUAUUUCAUCGAUUCUUUCUACUCUCCAUUGCCUUGGUCCCAAUGUAAAGACUCAUGGAAUGCUGUUUGUGUAGCAUCAAGUGAUAAGAAUACAGCUAAUUAUUUGUAUGUCCAGCCGCAAAAUGUAACCACAUCUGUGUUCAAUGUUAGUGUAAACGUUAGCAAUUACACAAGUAGUGUUUUAAGCAACACUAAGCCCACAGCAUCAGCUGAAUUGUAUUUUAUCAAUGAAAUAUUAAAAGAGAAAGAUAACAUAGAUGAUGGGAUUGGUGCCCCCAACUGGCAAUUAGUGAUUGGACUAUUUGCAUCGUGGCUGUGCGUCUUCAGCGUAAUAAUACGUGGAGUUAAAAGUUCGGGAAAAGCUUCGUAUUUUUUGGCGAUAUUUCCUUACAUCAUAAUGGCGGUAUUAUUAGGUCGGGCUUUAACUUUACCCGGUUCGGUGGAUGGAAUUUUGUAUUUUAUAAAACCGCAAUGGAGCAAAAUAUUAGAUCCCAAGGUAUGGUAUGCUGCUGUUACCCAAUGUUUUUAUUCUCUGUCGGUAUGUUUUGGUAACAUUAUCAUGUAUGCUUCUUAUAAUAAAUUUGGACACAACGUUCACCGCGACGCUACUAUUGUGACCGGUUUGGACACUUGCACUUCAUUGCUAGCUGGUUUCACCAUAUUCGGUAUACUAGGUCACUUGGCUCAUGAAAUCGGUACCGAUGACAUUGGUAGCGUGGUUAAGGGAGGCGCGGGAUUGGCAUUUAUUUCUUAUCCGGAUGCUAUAGCGAAAUUUGAAAAUUUACCCCAAAUAUUUUCUGUUCUCUUCUUUUUAAUGCUAUUUGUAUUGGGUAUUGGUUCUAAUAUAGCCAUGACAUCCUGUACGGUCACAGCGAUACGAGACAAUUUUCCUAAUGUCAAACAAUGGCAAUGUGCUUUGGGUAUAGCUGUUGUCAGUUUCUGCAUAGGGUUGGCAUAUAUAACACCGGGCGGUCAGUUCAUAUUGACAUUGGUUGAUUAUUUUGGUGCUUCUAUGAUUGCCUUGGUAUUGGGAAUCUUUGAAUUGUAUGUCUUGGGUUGGGUAUACGGAGUGGAUCGUCUUUGCAAAGAUGCUGAAUUUAUGAUGGGUCGUAAAGUCGGUCUAUAUUGGCGUUGGUGCUGGUCGGUUAUUACUCCACUCAUAAUGACCAUCAUAUUAAUUUACUUUCUAUCCACUUAUACUCCGUUAACUUAUAAUAAUGUAUCCUAUCCUAAUUGGGCGUAUGCUUUAGGAUGGACCAUAACGGCAGUAGGCGUCUUACAAUUGCCAUUAUGGCUAAUUGUGGCCGUUAUACGCGAUCCUGGCGUAACGUGGCGGGAGAAAUUUAUUGGAGCUUUCAAACCUAAACAUGAUUGGGGACCUAUUGAUCCUUUGCUUAGAGAACAAUACAACAAAGCAAUGGAUAAUGAGUCGAUAGCAAAUCAAGGACUUGGCUGCUGUGGUUGGAUAAAGAAAAAUAUAUUUGGCUAAAUUUUCUUUUAACUAAAUGAGGAUGAAACCCACCCAUUUUUAGCAAUAACUUGCCAAAAGUUUUAAAAGCCUUCAUCUUAUCUCAAUUUUGUAAAGUAUUUUUAGUUUUUUAGUAAUUUUAGUAUA